GUACAUUGUCUCUUCCACGACGACUCGGCGGCGUGGUAGAUCUCACCACACCACACACCUCGCGACGGACUGGGGGAAGAAGAAGCGGCAGCGCCAAAACCCUACUGCUCCCCCGCGCUGCCGCCUCAGAUCUCCGAUCCUAGGCGCCGGUCCAGAUGGCGGGCACGGGGCGGUCGAUGCUGCUGUCGCUGCUGCUGUUCGCGGUGACGCUGUCGCUGCUGGAGAUGUACCGGGGCUGGUUCGCCGCGUCGGAGCUCAAGACCAUCGCCGGCGGAUUCGUCAGCUCCCUCCUCUUCCUCCUCCUCCUCACCUUUAUCGGUAAUUACCAAGAAGCUAGUGGUGUUAGAACUGGGUGGGGUGCAGUUGUUGUAGCACAACUUGUUGCUCUUAUUGUAGCUGGCACUGUCCACCGUGUUUGCAUCACAACAUGCUUCCUGUUCUCUGCCGGGAUCCUUUACGAGGUCGACAAGCUCUCCGGGAUGAUCCUCGCGAGGAGCGAGUCCAAGGCGAGGCGGUACUGAGGGCAGACACAUAUUUUAUGUAAGGUUGACCUGUUUUGUAGAUGGAAUCAGAAACUAAUAUCCACACCCUCCGUCAGACUUCUCAACCCGAUCACCUUUCUUUUUGGCAUAUAUAGAACUGGAACUCUGGGAGACGGCACAUUUUGAUUUUUAGUCUGAAAUCACAGCGUUGUUGACCA